AUGGCGACAGCAGCCUCUAACGACGGAACGGUCGAUAUCUUCAACGACACUGGAGCCUUUUACUUCGAAGACGAGCAAUUCGGCAAACUGGUUCAGGAGGUGGAUGAUCUUGGGCUCUCCGCCAGUCGCGAAAGUUGGAAAUUUUUCGCACAUAUGAUUAAUGCAAACUCUACUGUGCGCCGAAUACUUCAGGGAUUCCUCGAAUCACCCAACCCGUACAGCUGCCAUACCUUCGGUCCUGAGCCUCUCCAGGUUUUCUGCUUUUGGCCCAAGCCAGAUCAGUCACAUCGUCUGGUCUUGUCCUUAUGGAGUCCAGGAACAAGGCUGGUGCUGUAUCAGGGAGCACACAAGGCAUCGCUCAAGGCUGUCCCAGCUUCAAACGGUCUAUUUGAAGUACCUGGUGCGUCCUUGAAAACCCACGGCUCCAAGCCUGUGCCCUUAGAUAUGCCCAAGGGUGGCAUGUGA